UAUAAGAGCGAGCGCGUGUCGGCGCAUCCAUUACCUUGUCGUGGUAGCGAGCGCGCGACGUUUACAGCGUCACUCGUGUGUGUGCAAACAAAUAUGGCGCGAAUUUUCCUGACAUUAGCUGCAGUGUGCAUAGCGGUAGGUGCUGCGCCUCCGGGCCACCAGCACGGCUACCCACAGCACGCUCAAGCGCAGAUAAACACACUCGAUUAUUACUUGGAGAAUCCAGAAUCGGCACAGUAUUACGAGCAACCACAACAAAAACGAGGAAACGGCAAUAUUAACCACGAAAAUGCACCUUCGCGACUCGAGAGCUUAGAACCGGACAGCGAAGUGGAAUUAAUACCUGGAGCUCAAUUACCCCAGCAACCUCCACAACAGACGCCAGUAGCUCCUAAUAUACCUGGUCUUCUGCCCGGACAGAGAGUCUUCAUAGUACACAUGCCAGUUCCGGGAUACAGACCCGGUACAAUAGGAGGUUACCAACCUGUCUACAUCGUGGCAGCGGCUGCACAAGGAAACGCCGGCUUCCCGACUAACGGGUAUCAAAAUGCUGUGUACUUGGAUCCGUCCGGUCAAGUCGUAUCGCCAACGAUAUACUCCCGCCCGGUCUCAGGAGUACAGCCCAACCCUGGUCUACAACUGGGCUCCCCUCUGAUCCCGAACCAAUAUUUCGGAUACCAGCAACCCAUCGUUGCUUAUCAGACAGCCCCCGUGUUGCAAGGCUCUGACGAGAACAAGGGAAUAGUAAGACUUGCCCAAGUAGUCGGCUUUCAAGGACCUCCAGUCAACAAGGAUAAAACCACCAGCGCAACGAACGAGCAAAAACUUAGCCAAACUUCAAAUGCCAAAGAAACAGAACAACGCAGUCCAGCGCAAUGACAGAACGCGUAAUUUCAUUGUUUUGUUAUUAACAGAAACUUGAUUACUGGUUUGCGAAAUAAAAUUGGAAAAUUAAUA